AUGUGGUUGCAACGAAAAUGUGAACAACCUUCUGUUACAUCCCAGGUGUGCUACUGGAAAGCGUCUAAACUGAGCAAAGCUGUUAUAGAGCAAGACGGAUUCAAAUUAGAAGAUUUGGUAGAUAGAGAAAUUCCAUCCCUUAGAAACAAGGAUAACUUUUUGGAGAAAGUAAAAAGUUUAAGCGGUACUGGUCCACUAUUUGAUGUAUAUAAGAAGUUUAUAUUUGAAGAUAUAUCACUGUUCCACCUAAUUGAAAAUUUUCAAGGCACAAAAACUGAUCAAUCUGAGAAUUUUAUUAGUUUUGUCUGUAAAAAAAUGCAGAAUAACACAUGUGAAAAAGCAGAAAUUGCUACCCAAGAUCAAUCAAAAUCAUCCCAAUGGUGGGACAGAAUUACUGCAUCAAAAUUUUAUGAAGCUGCCCAUUGUUGGACUACAGAUGGUUCUUUAAUAGAAAUAAUUCUUGGUGCUUCAAAACUAAUAGGAACAACCGCAAUGAAAUUACCGACUAUAUUCGUUAAAACAAUCACUACGCAUGAAUUGUUGCAAGAAGCGGAAGCAAGAGGUGAGGAAACAGGCAAUGUACAGCUGGUUUUUAAGAAAGAGUAUCAUAUUCCGGGUGUUCAUCCAGAAUGGAAAAACCAGAACGUCGCAGAGAACGAAGUUGCAAGCAUGUUUCUUUUCGAAAACGAAUGUGUUCCGAACUUUGAUCACGAUGGCGUAAAUCAGGUCGAUGAAAGACGUCACAUUCAAAUUCAUCCACAAAGUCCACACAUUGAUCCAAUGACAUAA